UUCUUCCCUUUCGUGUUGAUCAUCGAUGUGACUUUUAUAAAUUCCACAUAAGUUUAUACGGUGUCGUGUACACUGUUCAAAAUUUAUAUACAGUUUUCUUUUUUCUAAAUCUGUGAAAAUAAUUGAAAUUGGUCAUGCCGGUGAAAGAGUGGUUCAGAAAACUACAGCCUGUACAGUUGUACUUGGUUGUAUUCUUCACAGUUGCUUUUUUCAUCAUUGAGAUGGUAGCCAGUCAUGUUACACACUCGUUAACUUUACUUCUCAAUGCUUAUCACAUGCUAUGCAACAUCAUUGCUAUGGUUGGUUGUCUUGUUUCGAUCAAGUAUGCUCCACGUGAACGUUACAGAAAUGUUUACCACAGUAGAAGUAGUUCACUUAGAAAUUCAAUGAUUUGUUUGGACGGUCAGGAACAUAGUUCGAAUAAUUCUUUAUCUUCGAAAACAAAGCAAUCAAGAUCGGAUAGGCGAAUGAGAAACAGUUUUGGAUGGGUUAGAAUCGAUAUCUUAACAAUGUUGAUUUGUUGCAUUCUACUUGCAUCAUUUUGUUUUUGUUUGGUUGUCGAAGCAUUGCAAACAUUGGUUCAUAUUGAUCAUCUCGAUGAAAUGCAUCAUCCUGUAGCUGUAUUUUGCAUAGGUGCAGCAGGAAUUUUACUUAAUUUCUUUUGUUAUAUUAUCAUUGGUGGAUUUACAUUUAAUCAAGGAAUACUGUUACACGUCACCAAUAAUGGGGAUGUCAUAUUUAGAAGGAACGUAAAAUUACAACCAGAGGUAGAAGGUGAACAACAAUUAGCAGAACAAACCAGAAGAAGUCCUUUAGCAGUACCAAAGAUUCAAGGAUUACGAAGGAUAUGUCGAGAUGUUCUUGGUUGCCUUUUCGUUAUGAUAGUAUCAACAUUAGUAUACUUUACUGAUUCAGGAGUUGCCAAAUAUUUGGAUCCAGUUUUUGCCAUUAUUUCAUCGAUAUCGCUCUUAGUUCUGAGCUAUCCGUACAUCAAGGAAUCAACGAUGAUAUUACUGCAAACCAUACCAAAUCAUAUUAAUAUAAAUUCAUUGAAGAAAGAUUUACUUGAAGCAUUUCCAGGUAUAGUUGAUGUUCACGAUUUUCAUGUUUGGCAAUUGACACCUCAGAAAAUUAUAUCGACAGUUCAUAUAAUAUUUUUAAAUCCAAUGGUUUUUGCUCAUAUCAUUGAUCAAAUCACAGUAUUUUUUAUCCAAAGAGGUAUAACUCAAGUGACGAUACAACCAGAAUUUCAUAAGAUAACAACGAACGCAGACAAAGCUGAUUGUUUGAUACGUUGUCAUGGUGAAUUGUGCAGUUUAUCGCAAUGUUGUACAAGAGAAAAACUCGAAGAAAAAUCGAUUUCCAAGGAAUCCUUAAAAGAUAUAACCGUAGUCGUUAAUAAAUUAGAAAAGGAUGUCGCUAAUGAUGAUGUUACACCGGUAAUAGAUUUAAAAAAAUGUGAAAUGUCGGAUGGUGAAAUUCCAAAAUUAGUACCACCUACGACAAGUGGACCAAAUGAUAGAGAGUUGUGCCAAUCGAAUAACGAUGAAGUACAAAACAAAGAAGAUAAUAUUAACGAUAAAAGUUCCUAUUCGAUAAGCGUCGACGUUAAUGAUCAAAAACUUGCUGCUGCUAACAACGACUCGAGUCAUGAUACCGUAUCUUAAUUUUGUAUCAUAAUUUUCUCGACCAAGAAUCGUUACUUCCUUUGUUCAUAUAUUUAUUUUAAUUUUUUUUUCUGUUUAAUUUAUUUUAUUUUUGUUUUUUGUUUUUUGUUUUUUUUUUUUGGAAGGAAACAUCUUCCAACUAUAAGACUGUAAUUCUAGUAUUAAGUAUUUUUAAUUGUUCAUACUGAUAGAAAUGUCUUAUCAAUUUAUUUCUA